AGAUCUUUUAAUUGGUGAUUCUUCUGAUCCUAUUAUUGAUUUAAUUAACUUUGUCUAUCCUUCCAUUCUUGAUAGAUUCCAUGAGCCUAACUAUUUUGACGAUAGAGCCAUUUUAGCACCUACAAAUGAGGUUGCUCAAUCUAUCAAUGAUCGCUUGAUGUCUUUGUUUCUUUGCGAUGAAAAGGAGUACUUAAGUUCAGAUUCAAUUUGUCAGUCAGAUCAUGUAAACGAAACUUUUGAUGAAAAGCUCUACUCACCGGAUGUUUUGAAUGGACUUAAACUUUCAGGUGUACCUAAUCAUCAAUUAGUUUUGAAGGUGGGUGUUCCAAUAAUGCUACUUCGAAAUAUUGACCAGAAGAAUGGUUUGUGUAAUGGUACAAGACUACGAGUACUUUAUCUUGGUAAUAGGGUGAUUGAAGCUGAGAUUAUAUCUUGUGCUAAUAUUGGUACAAGAACUUUCAUCCCUCGCCUUAGUCUGUCACCAUCUGAUAAGAAAAUUCCUUUCAAGUUCAAAAGAAGACAGUUUCCGGUUGCUGUUUGUUUUGCAAUGACUAUUAACAAAAGUCAGGGACAAUCAUUAUCCAAGGUUGGAUUGUAUCUCAAAGAUCCUGUUUUCUCACAUGGUCAACUUUAUGUGGCACUAUCAAGGGUUAAAAGUAGAGCCGGUUUAAAGAUGCUGAUAACAGAUAAAGAUGGCCAUGCUACAAAUAAGACCACAAAUGUUGUAUACAAAGAAAUUUUUGGAAAUUUGUAGUCUUUUUUGUUCAUUUAUCAUUUGUUAAGGAAACUUUUGCAUUUAUUUUAUUUAAACUGUUUUGAAUAUAAAGUUAUAUGUGUUUUCUUUUUUUACCGUUCAAUCCGUGUGACACACGGGUAAUAA